CAGAAGGGGAGACCUGACCACAGCUGGCGCUGAAGAGCUCAUGGCCCAUGCAAACCUCCUCCUGAGCAGAUCUGACUCCUGACAGCUGGGACUGAUCCCUUCACAUCUGGGAGGAUUUUCAGAAAUAAACACGAGGUGACCCCCCCCCUUUCUGGCCCCCAGCUGCAGCCCUCUUGCUCACAAACUUUGGAAGGAGGCUUUGGUCCACUUACACCCGAGCAAAGAAACUGGGUUCACCCUCUCUAGCACCUGGACGCCCAGUCCCGUGCACCCCACCUGCUCCUUGCCCACCAGCCUGGCCCAGGUGGAGGAAGUAUGGAUGGACUUGGCAGCGGCACUCUGGGCAUUAUGCUGUGAUCUGGAGCAGGGGGCUGGGCAGGCUGAGCAGGCAGAAGAGGCUUCAUCCAUCUCUACAGCAGCAGCGGCACAGGGAUCUGGAGCUGCGUUGCACCCCAUGCCCACGGGAUCGGAGAGGGCUCUGGGUGGCAGGCAGAGUUGCACUCAGCUCUGGGGAAGAAGGACUGUCUGCCCUGCAAGUGGAGCUGGCACAGGUCUCUGCCGUGCAGAUGGGCAUGCAGCCCCAGACGCCACCCGCCCCCCUUCUGUGUCCUUAGCUCAGUGAGGUCAGGCUACCUGAAGUUCCACACCUGCUCUGUGUCUGCCUGCCUUGCUCCGAUUCAAGCCUUUCUCCUUGGGCACCCGAAUGGGGAGGAUAUUUUCUCUGGCUUGUUUAUUGUGCCUCCAGUGUUGUGGUGGACAUACUAGGAAGCCCAGGGCCCUCUAGGGCACCUGGGCACUCCUACCCCAGCUCCCCUUCCUCCUCCCUGCUGCCCCAGCCAGAAGAGGGAGGCCGGCAGUUUCAGCCACACGCCCUCAUCCUGGAUCCUGGCCCCACACUCCUGGCCUGUGGAGGACUUACUUCUCAGAGGGAUGUUCGGAGCAGGGUGGCUGGCGGGUCCUCUGAGGCUGCUGAACAGGGCACAGAGCUGCCAAAAACAUGCUGAAGUUUCGGGCUGAUCGGCGGGUCAGCCACAAUGAAAGAAAGAACACCUUUCUGCACCCAGUGACUGGACAGGUCCCAGAGGAGAACAAGAAGUUUGACUUGAAAACGUCCGCCUUAGACAUGUCCAAUAAAACAGGUGGGAAACGCUCGAAUACCUCCAGCAGCGACAUAGCCAAUCACAACAUGGUUUCCGAGGUCCCUCCAGAGCGGCCCAAUGUCCGGGCAACCAGGACAUCCCGCAAGGCCAUCACCUUUGGGAAACGCUCACACUCCAUGAAGCGAAACCCCAAUGCCCCCGUCACCAAGGCAGGCUGGCUUUUCAAGCAGGCCAGCUCCGGGGUGAAGCAGUGGAAUAAGCGCUGGUUCGUCCUUGUAGAUCGCUGCCUCUUCUACUACAAAGACGAGAAGGAGGAGAGCAUCUUAGGCAGCGUCCCCCUCCUGAGCUUCCGGGUGGCUGCAGUGCAGCCCUCAGACAACAUCAGCCGCAAGCACACUUUUAAGGUGACUGUGUACUGGGUGGAGGAGGCCGGGGCCAGUCCCACGCGCUGCCUCUCCCCGCAGGCUGAGCAUGCCGGGGUGCGCACCUACUUCUUCAGUGCCGAGAGCCCUGAGGAGCAGGAGGCCUGGAUCCAGGCCAUGGGGGAAGCCGCUCGUGUGCAGAUCCCCCCAACCCAGAAGUCAGUGCCCCAGGCCGUGCGUCACAACCAUGAGAAACCAGACUCGGAGAACAUCCCACCCAGCAAACACCACCACCAGCCACCCCACAACAGCCUCACCAAGCCAGAGCCAGAGGCCAAGACUCGAGGGGAGGGGGACGGCAGAGGCUGUGAGAAGGCAGAGAGGAGGCCCGAGAGGCCCGAAGUGAAGAGCGAGUCCCUGGUGAAGGCCAAUGGCAUCCCAGCCGGACCUGAGCCAGCCUCAGAGCCGGGCAGCCCUUAUCCCGAGGGGCCCAGGGGCCCGGGUGGUGGGGAGCGGCCUGCCCAGCCCAAUGGCUGGCAAUACAGCUCCCCCAGCCGGCCGGCCAGCACAGCUUUCCCACCUCAGGAUGGGGACAGUGUGGGGGGACACCGGCAAAGCUUCCCACCACGUGCCAACCCUGACAAAAUUGCCCAGAGAAAGAGCUCCAUGAACCAGCUGCAGCAGUGGGUGAACCUGCGCCGUGGGGUUCCCCCUCCUGAUGACCUUCGCAGUCCCUCCAGGUUCUACCCAGUGUCCCGCAGGGUCCCUGAGUAUUAUGACCCCUACUCCCCCCAGUACUCCGAGGACUACCAGUACUACCCCCCAGGGGUGCGGCCAGACAGCAUCUGCUCCAUGCCAGCCUACGACCGGAUCAGCCCACCCUGGCCCCUGGAGGACAAGCGCCAGGCCUUCCGCAAUGGGGGUGGCCCUGCUUACCAGCUGCGCGAGUGGAAGGAGCCUGGGGGUGGCUUUGGGCGCCAGGAUGCCUCUGUGUGGAUCCCCAGCCCCUCCCGGCAGCCAGUCUAUUAUGACGAGCUGGACACGGCCGCGGGCUCCCUGCGCCGCCUGUCCCUGCAACCCCGCUCCCACUCGGUGCCCCGCUCGCCCUCCCAGGGCUCCUAUGCCCGGCCCCGCAUCUACUCCCCGGUGCGCUCCCCCAGUGCCCGGUUUGAGCGACUGCCACCUCGCAGUGAGGACAUCUAUGCCGACCAGGCCGCCUAUGUGAUGAGAAGGUCCAUCAGCUCUCCCAAGUAUGAUUACCUGGGAGACAGGCGGCCUGUCCCAGCAGGACUGCUCCCCUACAACUACCCUCCAUCCCCCACGGUCCACGAUAAGAUGGAUGAACUUUUAGACCUUCAGUUGCAAAGAAACCUAGAGUAUUUGGAUCAGCAGAUGAGUGAGAGCGAAACUCUCAUCACCAUGGUGAACCGCAUGGUGGAGAACUCCUCCCCCAGGGCCCAACUCUUCAUGCAAGUAAGACCUCUGCCUGGCAGCAUGGUCCCCGCCAGCCUCACUCAGCUGCUUGUGCAUGGUCAAGUCCCUCCAUAUCCAGAAGUGUUCCGGGACAGCCUGCACACCUACAAGUUAAACGAGCAAGACACGGAUAAGCUGCUGGGCAAGUUGUGUGAGCAGAACAAGGUGGUGAGGGAACAGGACCGGCUGGUGCAGCAGCUCCGGGCCGAGAAGGAGAGCCUGGAGAGUGCCUUGAUGGGGACCCACCAGGAGCUGGAGAUGUUUGGGAGCCAGCCCGCCUACCCUGAGAAGCUGCUGCACAAGAAGGAAUCACUGCAGAACCAGCUCAUCAAUAUCCGUGUGGAACUCUCGCAGGCUACCACGGCCCUGGGAAACAGCACCCUGGAGUAUGAGAACCUGGAAGCAGAGGUGUCAGCGCUGCACGAGGACCUCUGGGAGCAACUCAACUUGGACAAUCAGAAUGAGGCCCUCAGCCGGCAAAUCCAGAAGGAGAUCUGGAGAAUCCAGGACGUGAUGGAGGGGCUAAGGAAGAAUAACCCAUCCCGAGGCACAGACACAGCCAAGCACAGGGGAGGACUUGGCCCCUCAGCCAGCUACAGCUCUAACAGCCCAGCUAGCCCGCUCAGCUCCGCCAGCCUCACCAGCCCCCUGAGCCCCUUUUCACUGGUGUCAGGCUCUCAGGGGUCCCCCACGAAGCCUGGGUCCAGUGAGGAGCCCGGCCCACCAAGGCCUCCCCUCCCCAAAGCCUACGUCCCCCUGGAGUCUCCUCCUACUGUGCCUCCACUCCCUAGCGAGAGCCGCUUCUGGCCCUACCCCAACUCCCCUUCCUGGCACCGCAGUGGCGAGACAGCGAGGGGUCAGCAGAGCAAGAAAGACCCUCACCAGAGCUCACCCCUAGACACUUCCAGAGACAUCAACCUUGUGUCCACCCGGCAGGAGAUGGAGGCUGAGAAGCAGACAGCUCUCAACAAAGUUGGCAUUGUGCCCCCUCGCACAAAGUCGCCCACAGAUGAAGAAGGGACCCCAUCCAGGGUGGUGAGGAGGACCACCAGUGGCCUCACCAAUGGCCUUUCAUCCCAGCAGGAGCGCCCCAAGAGCGCUGUGUUCCCUGGUGAGGGCAAGGUCAAGAUGAGUGUGGAGGAGCAGAUUGACCGCAUGCGGCGGCACCAGAGCGGCUCCAUGAAGGAGAAGCGGAGGAGCCUGCAGCUCCCGGCCAGCCCGGCCCCGGAACCCAGCCCCCGGCCCACCUACAAAGUGGUGCGCCGCCACCGCAGCAUCCAUGAGGUGGACAUCUGCAACCUGGAGGCAGCGCUGCGGGCAGAGGAUCCUGGCGGGCAGACUUAUGAGACGCCACGGGAGGAGAUCGCACGACUACGCAAGAUGGAGCUGGAGCCGCAGCACUACGAUGUGGACAUCCACAGGGAGCUCUCCACACCAGACAAAGUCCUCAUCCCUGAGCGGUACAUCGACUUGGAGCCGGACACACCCCUGAGCCCAGAGGAGUUGAAGGAGAAGCAGAAGAAGGUGGAACGCAUCAAGACACUCAUUGCCAAGUCCAGCAUGCAGAACGUGGUGCCCAUCGGCGAGGGGGACCUUGUGGACGUGCCCCAGGACUCAGAGAGCCAGCUGCAGGAGCAGGAGAAGCGGAUUGAAAUCUCCUGUGCCCUGGCGACCGAGGCCUCCCGCCGGGGCCGCAUGCUGUCCGUGCAAUGUGCCACCCCAAGCCCUCCCACCUCCCCUGCUUCCCCGACUCCACCAGCCAACCCCCUCUCGUCUGAGCCCCCGCGGGGCACCGACAGCAGCCAUGCCGUGGGGGUCUGAGCACUGACUGCAAGCACUGGCUGAGGCCAAAGCUGGGAAUCUCCAGAGAGCCACGUUCUGAAGCCCUGCUCUGCCCACCUGAGGCCUCGGCACCCCACCCUGGCCCCCUCUGCCCACCCGGCACCUCUACAGGAAGGCCACAGGGAGCCAGGCUGGGGGCAGGAGGAAUGCAGGCGCCUCAGUGACCACAUCCAGGACUCGGAGGCCCUCACUGCACAGACGGCUGUCCCAGCCCCUGGGGUGGCAGAUGGGAGUGCCAUCCUGCGUUAACACCCACACCAUGAGGGUGAGGUCUGGGACCAGAAUAUCCCCAGAUGGAGAAGCUGCACUGAUGGGGAGCUCACCUGGGCCCUCUGGGGCUAGGACCAGAGGCACCUUUUGGGGCCCCUUUUGACAUGGAAGACAGAGCCUGCCACCAUCCUGGCCCCUGCACCCCCACUGCUGCCCCAGCUGUGCAGGGCCUGGGCACAUCUCCGCCUGUGAGGCCCAGGGCAGACUGGCCACCCUGCUUGAGCCAAAGACAAGACGAUUGCGGGGGUGGGGGUGGGGGGUGGGGUAGGGAGGAGGACAGAGAGCAGCCCUGGCUGUGAUGGGGGGCAGCAGGUUCGUGUGGUGUCUGAGGCAGGUCGAGGAGGGCAGUGGAAAGGAGGGGAGAGAAUGGAAGGGGCAGGAGGUAGGAGGGCAGGUCAGCAAGUGAGAGGAGGAGGAGGAAGAGGAGGAGGAGGAGGGGGAGGGGAUGGAGGAGGAGGAGGAGAUGGGAACAGUGGAAAGGGCUGGUUUCCAGGAGGAGCAUCUAGUCAGUGGAACUCCAGGACAGACCAUCAGCUCUGUACCCCCACACCUCCGCCCUGCAGGAGAGCAUGCCGGGAAGGGCAUGGAGGAGUGGGGAGAGGGGCUGAUGGGACUGUCUGAGAGAGGACUCCUUAAGGGCUGCCUCAGGGGCUCAGGGGCAGAGAAGGACCAACUUAUGUAGGAUAUGGUCGGCCCUCAGGCCUCUCAGAUUGCCUACACAACAAGUACCUGUCCCCCUGAAUGUGCUGUGGGCCAGCUGGGAAAGAGCGCGUGUGGCCUUGGUCUGGGGUCCAGAGUCAAGAGCCCCACCCUGCAUCCUGGGCACCCCAGAUGGGAAGCAGCUGAGCCACCCUGCCAGUGGGGGUCAGUGGGAGGGAGACAGAAGCCAAGCCAACUCUUCCCCCGUCCACCCAGCCUGAGAUGAAUGUAGCCAGAGAGGAGGAAGGAGAGACCAAGGCUCAAACACGUGGCCCUCACCUUCUCUGCUGCUGCCCCAGCUUGCUGUGACCCCAGGAAGAGCUACUUUACCUUCCACCAAGUCUCCACUCCUUCCCGGCUGGGAAAGCGACCGGUUCAUAUGCGAGUAAAGAUGACAAUUCCUUUA